CUGGUGUCCCAUUCUUUUGCCUCACUCAGUAGUAACAUCUGUAACUGUUUUAGAGCUAUCCCAAACUCAGUAGCACUACUGUCCCGCUGCGGCUUCCGUAGGGUACAGUGGCGUUAAAAUGGCUGCUCCUGUUGACAACGAUUUGAUUGAAAGCGAUUUGCCCAAAGCUGUAGAGCUGCUGAAUAAUCUCACUGAACAGGUGGCCUCGGUGACGGGUCUUGUCCGUGAGCUGCUGACUAAAGUCAAAGAUGGGGCAUUGGAAACGUCGAAGGGUUUGUCUUUUUUGGACCUUCGGUACCACCUGCUGCUCUUCUAUCUCCAGGACCUCACUCACCUGAUCAGCAUCAAGACGGAAGGAGGCAAAAUAAAAGACAGUGAUGCUUUAGACCGAGUGGUCACAAUCAGAACGAUCCUGGAGAAGAUGCGACCUCUAGACCACAAACUGAAGUAUCAGAUUGAUAAACUGGUGCGCACGGCUGUUACCGGCAGUUUAGCUGAAAAUGACCCACUGCAGCUGCGUCCCAAUCCAGAGAAUCUCGUCAGCAAACUCAGUGAAUCUGAGUCUGAAGACGAAACAGAGAACAAGGCAGCUUCAGAUAAGAAAGCAGCCCACUCUAGUGGCAAGAAAUAUAUACCACCAAAGAUUGCCCCAGUGCAUUAUGGUAAUGUCACCGGUCUGCUUGAUAAAGACGCCCCAGAGGAGAUCAGAGACAAACGGGACUUCCAGAGCGAGCGGGAGAGCCGCGAGGAGCUCCACAGGAAGAACUACGAGGAGUCGAUGAUGGUGCGUCUCAAUGUGCCGAAGCAUCAGAGGAACGCCAAGAAGAGGGGCAUGAUGGCCAUGUCCAACCAGCUGAGCAGUAUAACACACUUUGGUGACAUCACAGCUCUGACCGGUGGCGAGGCGGUGCAGGAUGGGGAUAACCCACGACCCAAGAAAAAGAAGAAAAUCAUGAAGAAGAAAACCAAAAGAAAAGCUUUCAAGAAACGUAACUAGACCUGAGGACAGCAUGUCAGAGGAUGUUACCAGCAGCUAAUUGUUAUAAAGUCUCUGUAAACAUUGUAAUAAAGAAACCAUUCCUCAUGACCUGUAUCCUACAGUGAA